AUGCCGACCCUGGUGCCAACAGGGAUGCUGUUGUGGGAGGGGCUGGCCAUUGGAGACGUGCCAAACAACCAGCCAAUCGGCAUCGUUUUAACAGUUCUGGGUGUGGUGGUGCUGGACUUCUGUGCCGACGCCACGGAGGGACCAAUCAGAGCCUACCUUCUAGACGUGGCCGACACAGAGGAACAGGACAUGGCGCUGAACAUCCACGCCUUCUCCUCUGGUCUGGGUGGAGCAGUGGGUUAUGCACUGGGCGGUCUGGACUGGACGCACACCUUCCUAGGCUCCGCCUUCAAAUCCCAGGAACAAAUCCUCUUCUUCUUCGCCGCCAUCCUGUUCUCCGUCUCCGUGGCGUUGCACCUGGUGAGCAUCGAGGAGCAGCAGUACAGCCCCCAGAACGACCGAUUGGACGAGGAAUCCGCCGAGCCCGCCCACCCCUCCCUGGAAGCCAAUGGGCUGCUGGCAGGCCCGGUGGACAAGGACGACCGCGGCUCGGAGCGCAACCUCGCCAUGGACUUCCUGGACGUGGAGCUGGUCCGUAGCCGGAGCGACUCCGUGCUGGAGCAGCAGGAGCUGUUCCUGCACCACAUCGAGCCGUCCAUCUUCUCCGAGCGCCUGUCGUCCUAUCACGGCUCGCCGCCGCGCCGCCGAAGCAGCGCCGGCAGCGAGGACUACCUACGCUCCAAGGUGUCGCGCCUGUCGGCCUUCCUGCAGGAGCUGGAGCGCGACGGCGAGGAGACGCUGCUCAACAACCAGCUCAACGAGACGCUGGCGCCGCACGGGCGCACCGUCGCCAACGGCAACGCCGCCGCCGCCGGCGCGCGCCUCAAGGCCUCCCGCGCCACCGCCGCCCACAACAACAACGCCGCCGCCUCCGCCUCCACGCGCCGCCGCCACACCUUCUACCGCCAGCCCUCCUGCACGUUCUCCUACUACGGCCGCGUGGGCGCUCACCGCUACCGCUACCGCCGCGCCAACGCCGCCCUGCUCAUCAAGUCGUCGCGGAGCAUGAACGACCUGUACGAGGUGCCGGCUCGCCAGCGCCGGAAGCAGCAGCGGGCGCGGCACCCGAGCGGCAACACGGUGUCGAGCGGGGACACGGAGAGCGAGGAGGAGGACGUGGAGACCACGGUGAAGCUGCUGUGGAUGUCCAUGCUGAAGAUGCCCCCAGAGCUGUGGAGGCUGUGCGUGUGCCACCUGCUCACGUGGUUCGCCGUCAUCGCCGAGGCCGUGUUCUACACCGACUUCAUGGGGCAGGUCAUCUACCAUGGGGACCCCACGGCUCCUGCUAACUCCACAGACCUGCAGAACUACAACAUAGGCGUCCAGAUGGGCUGCUGGGGACUGGUCAUCUACGCUAUGACUGCUGCUGCCUGCUCUGCCGUGCUCCAGAAGUACCUGGACAACUUUGACCUUAGCAUAAAGAUCAUCUACAUACUGGGCACGCUCGGCUUCUCCAUAGGAACCGCCGUCAUGGCGAUGUUCCCUAACGUGUACGUCGCCAUGGUGAUGAUCAGCAGCAUGGGCAUCAUCUCCAUGUCUAACUCCUACUGCCCCUACGCCCUGCUGGGCCAGUACCACGAGAUCAAGGAGUACAUCCACCACAGCCCAGGUAUCCGGCGGGGCUUCGGUAUCGACUGUGCCAUCCUGUCCUGCCAGGUGUACAUCUCCCAGAUCCUGGUGGCGUCUGCACUGGGCGCCAUGGUGGAGGCCGUGGGCAGCGUGCGCGUCAUCCCCAUGGUGGCCUCCGGGGGCUCUUUCCUGGGGUUCCUCACUUCCUGCUUCCUGGUCAUCUACCCCGGGCAGGGCGGUGAGGGGGAGGCAUCCAAGGCGGAGCAAAAGGCUCUGACCGCGCCCCUUGGCAACGGGGGUUCCGGUAACGGCGUGACGGAGAAGCCGAGCGUUCUGAAGCUCACGAAGAAGGGCGUGGCUAAAACCACCACUUGCCGGCUGGAGUGUGAGUCCACGCUCUGAUUGGACGCGACGAUGAGGCCGGAUGGAUCUGCUGUUGAUUAGCAAGGCAACGGCCAGACAUGUUCCCACAACAAUGGGGAUAACUGACCUCCAGCUACCACAAGACAAUGCAUAAUGGGAGUUAUAGUUCUCUCAGAGUCUUGAAAGGGCCAGGAUUUCGAUCUUUUUUAAACCGUAUCUGGUUUGCAAAAUUUGUGUCCUUGGACCUUCAAUAACCCAGGGUCAGUUUGUACAUCUAGGUCAGUUUGUCAACUUGGGUCAGUUAUCAACCUGGGUUAGUCGUUAACCCAGGUGAGUUUAUCCUAGGUCAGUUUUAACCCUGGAGUUUAUCCUGGGCCACUUUAAACUUGGGUUAGUUGUUAACCCAGGUGAAUUAAUCCUGGGUCCAUUUUAAUUUAGGAGUUUAUCCUGGGCCAGUUUUAACCUGGGUUAGAUUGGGUCUCAGGAUGAAAGCUGUCUCUCUCUCAGGGCCACCAGGGGGCGCCAGAGGGCCGCUUGCCUGGACAGGACACUUCAGGGGCGAACACACUCUACACACACUCCUAUAUCAACAUACUCUCACACACUCCUAUGCACACACACGCGCAUACUCUCACAAGCGCACAUACACACACGCAUGCACAUAAACACACCUGCGCUUACUUUUCUGACUUCCAAACCUGGGUCAAGAUAAAGGAAUACACAGUCAAAUAUAUAAAUAGAUUAUUUUUUACUUCUAAAAAGUUACAAUCAUUUGAAAAUAUUGAAAAAUUCAGCUCUUCCUUUUGAACGAUGAUGUUUAGUUUAGUAUUUAGUGAGAGUCUUCUCUAUGUCGACUUAAAUGUUUCGGCAGGAAACAUUGUAAUCACCAAAAGUAUAAUUUAUAUAUGGUUGUUCCUUUGCGGACUGACAUACACUUGUCCAUUGCUCCUGUAGCUAUAAGCCUACAGAGUUGAUGGGUUUUGCUAUAUUGCGUAGUACAGAUAGGAUGUAAACACAGAACCGGCGAAAAGUAUUGGUGUAAAGUUUACAUCAUACAAGUAUAUGGGGCAUGUGUACAGUUUACACUGUAAACGAUACGGUGCAUGUGUAAAGUUUACUUUGUAAAACAGAUAGUAUAUGUGUAAAGUCUACACAGUAACGUAUACACGGCGGGUGUAAAGUUGACACUGUAAAGUAUACCAGGUGUUUGGAGAGGGCAUUACUACUGGUGCAGACACUUUAUCUUGAUGUUACAACAAUAAUCUCAAUGCUGCAGAGGAGAGGAGGAUAGCUAACCAAACGAAGGGGGGAGAUGGAGGAAGCCUGACAUGGACUUUAAUGCUUCUCCUUUCUUUUCUUGUGUUGUCUUUAAAAAAUGUUAUCCUCUUAUGUUGCUGCACAAUGCGAGUUCAUGGUGAUGAGGAUGCCAAUGAAGAUUAGAACGUUAAGGUUGGAGAUGACUGUCGGUCAUACCGAUUGCCUGAUUUUCAAGCGGAGGGGAGGGAAGAAGGGAGAGGGGGAAGUAUAGGAGGGCCAGGAAGGUGAGGUGUUGUGUGUGUGUGUGUGUGUGUGUGUGUGUGUGUGUGUGUGUGGGGGGGGGGGGGGGGGGCAUCCACACACCGCCCUCCCACAUACCCACAGCACUUAGGCAGAACUUGAAGCUGUGCAGGAAUACAUGGUUUUAUUUUCCACCCACAUAGAAUGUCUAUUCUAUUUUUCUAACUGAAUGAGAGUGUGAUUAAUAUGUAGAAAGAUCAUUUCACAGGUUGUCAGUUUACAUACUAUACACCUGUUGCAUUGUCUAAAUAGCUAUGUGCUGGGUUAGCUUAGCCUAGCCUAGCUGUGUGCCUAGGUUAGCCUAGCUGUGUGCCUAGGUUAGCCUAGCUGUGUGCCUAGGUUAGCCUAGCCUAGCCCACCAUAUGUCUGGGUUAGCCAACGCUAGCUGAAUGCUAGGUCAUCCUAACCUAGCUGUGUGCCUGGGUUAGUCUAAGGGUGGAGUGUUUGCUGGGUAAGGGGUUGCAGCCAGCCAGUCUGUUACAUUAAAUAUAUGUUGACAGACAUCCCAACCUGCAGAGACUCCUGCAGGUGGCUCCCCCCCCCCCCCCCGGGACGCAAUCCGGACGCAUGAUGUACCCCAUCAACCUGCACGUAACCCCCCCCCCCCCCCCGACGCAAUCAGGACGCGCGAUAUGCACCUAUCUCUACCAGAAAUUACCAUUAGACAGUCUCUCGCUCGCUCGAAAUAUAAAAUCCCUGAUUUCCGUGAGAUUGUAGAGCAUUUACGGGCGAGCCGCUAUUGAAAUGCGGGAGACUCCCGGACCUUCCUGGAGACUUGGGAUGUCUGUGUUGAGGAGGGUGCUUUUACUUGUUGACCUGCAGUGCCAGGCCAGGGUCUAGUUAUGACUGCUUAUGGGUGGUUAGAGCUGGUCAAAGCUGUUGUCACUAUUGUUGUUCCAGCUGUGUGGGUCUAUGCCAUGAGAGAGAUUUGAGUGUGUGUUAAACUUUAAACAAUAAUCUGAGAUCUUUCCAGAACAUCUGAAGGAGUCUAACCAAACUACAAAGUGAGUGCAAAAUGAAAGAUUGUUGUCAAAUCAAGACGCUGCAAUAAUUAUACUGUUCUGCCUCAGUUGGGGGUGGG